GGGCCAACAUCAGGGCCACGGAGGGGCAGGUCCUGGAGCACCUGGUGAUGCUGGUGUCGCAGACGUCGACAGCGACGACGACAGCGACGUGCCCGGGGGGGGGAGGUGAGCACCGAGUGCCCGUCCGACGAGGAGAUGCAGGCCGAGGAGAGGACCGAGGCCACGGUGCUCACGAAGGUGACGGAGCAGAGGGCGGAGAAGGGCACGAUAGUGUACAUCGACGCCAGGGCGGACGUCCUCUCCGAAGCCGAGGCGGAGUUGGAGGGCUUCAAGAGGAAUUUGGCCAUCGUGAGGGAGAAGGCCAAGGGGGCCGAGAGCCUGACCCCCAUCCCGUUCAACAACGAGUCGAUGAUCGAGAUCAGCUCCCCCAUCGCCGACAAGAGCUGGAUGGGCAAGGUGAACCCGAUGGAGACCUCGAACGAGGUGUCCCUGGUGAGCGAGGAGGGGGCGGAGGGGGGCCUCGGGCUUGGCCAAGAACCUCCACUCGACCCCGGCGAGCUCCCAGUGGACGGUCGCGAGCACCAACACUAACGAGUCCAACCCCUCCAGCCAGGCAACGGACCCGACCUGGGACGCCUGCCUCACCCGGCCGGGUCCGAGCUGACGGUAGCCAGCACCGGCUCGGCCGGGUCAUGGAUGAGAGAUUACCAUGGAUGAGAGAGAGUAGAGGUAGUCUGCAUACACGACGUGCCGCACCUCAUCAAGUGUCUGAGGAACACCCUCAUGAAGCAUGACAUCCUCGUAGAUGACAAGAGGGCCUCUUGGUCUCACGUGACCGAGUUCUUCGAAAAGGACUCUCAAAGGACGCUGAGAAGCGCUCCGAAGCUCACCCGGAAACACGUCGCUCCCAACAACUUUCAGAAAAUGAAAGUUCGGUACGCCGCCCAAGUGCUCAGCCGCUCCGUAGCUGUUGGCAUCUCGCUGUACAGCGCAUGCGGUAAAAGGCGGUUCCUGACUGUAAACUUUAGUAGGCCAAACUCAAAACUAAAAUAAUUGGUGACUGGAAUUAGCUCGUUAAAUCAAACACCACUGAAAUAUUGUGAAACUUACCAUAUUUUCAUAGACUUAAUGCUCCGUUAUUUAAUGUCCACCGAAGCACAUACUCACCUAACGGUCAUUUGGCAAUGGACUGGUUGCCUGUCAGUAUAACAGGUGAAUAUUUAAUUAUUCUUAGUAACUAUUUUUCGAAUACUUCCGUCGUGAAGUGAUUAUAACAUUUAUGCUGGUAAUAUAGUUAUUAUUAUGUGUUGGCAGGCAUGUUGGGGAGUGGGACCGGAUCGGAGACCAGGACUGCUGAUCCUGAGGACACGGCGGUAUUCCUACAGCGCCUCAACGACACUUUUGAUGUGCUCAACUCCAGCACCUUCAAAGCUGCUAACCCGAUGAAGGAAGCCAUCAGUGGGAGAAACAUCGAGGACAGGAGACGCUUCCUCCAAGAUACAUCCGCGUGGCUCGGAAGCUGGAAUGUGCAGGUACCGUCGGUGCGUGGUCUGCAGCUCACCAUCGCUGGCGUUCUAUCGCUGUGGGACACCUAUGGUGGACGGGUCCUGCAGUUCAUGCUGACUCGGCGCCUCAACCAGGAUGCCUGUGAGAAUCUCUUCUCAGUCAUUCGGUCGAGAAAUGGACAAAAUGAUCUGCCGAGUGCCGGAUGCCAGUAAGUUUCGAAUGGCCCUCCGUAAGACGGUGGCAACGAACAUUCUUGCGCCACCGACCGCGAACUGCGAGCCAGAUGGCGACACGCUCCUCACCGUUGUGACGUCAGUGUCCCGCAGGGUGAGGUGCAACCUCACGCAAGUGAAAGUGUCCUUAGCGAACUCCGAGCCAGUUGACGUUUCACUUGCACCGAUCGAUGCUACGAUGUCGAACAUUUUGACGUACGUCGGCGGCUGGGUGUUGCGACGUGGUGCGGAGAAACAUGCCUGUGUUCAGUGCUCUGCUGUGCUCGCAAAACCCGAUCCUUUGGUGUGUUUUGAACGGGAGAUGAUGUGUGGACUGAAAAGCUUUACCGGUGCAUCAGAAGUAGACGCCGGAAGCCUGGUAAAGCCCACACAGGGCUUUUACGAGAUUGUCUCGUACGCUUACCGCGCUACCCAAGUCCUGUGGCCGGCUCUAUUCACAAAGUCGGGAAUGCUGUCGGUAAUCUUAAACCGUGUCAUGACUUCGCAGCCGGCGCUAGAUCUAUUGGCCUUGCUGUGCGAUAAGAAUGCAUUGGUUUUCAUGAUCACCCUUUUCAUUCGCCUGAACCUGUACAGGCUCUGCGAACAGGGAUCCUCUGGGCGAGCGCCUGCGCAGAAACAAAACAGGAAGCUGCUCAAAGUCACAUCUCGAGCGUAGUCAGAUAGUGGGGUGACGAGCAGGGCUGUGCCAUCCUUUUCAAUGAUCUCAUUUUCAUUUCACUAGGCUGAACAGUCGCUCUUGCAGUGAUGGUUGUGCAAGCUCGAUGUCGAAAGUUUUUUUGCAUGUGUCUAAAUGUGUGUAUACUAUAUAGCGUGACGGCAGGCUGACACGUGUGCGCGCGCGUGUAUGCUUGUGUAUAUGUAGAUGCGAGUGUACUGAGGGUGUCGCUGGCGGUUCGACCUCCGCUGUCAGUCCCCACGUGUGUGGUGUGUCAUGGGAUGAUUUCUGACGUCAUCGGUCGGGGUGCGGCGUCUUGGGCUGAUGUGCGGCGUAAUGGGGUGAUGCGCGCUGCUGUCGAGAGUCGCCGUGUGCGGGCGAGAUGACAGUGAUUAGAGAUGAAACGGGAGCCAGCCGCUCCCGUUUCCCUGUGCUGCACCGCUCCCGUGUUGCUGGGCUGCACUGCGGCGCCUCGCGGCUCCAGUGGCUGUAUUCGGGACUCCGCCAGGCCCCAGCGACGGUCUCGCGAACCAUCUGCAACCGAGUGGCACGAUCGUGGACCGGUAUGGACUCCACACUGGAUCGGGCGUCCGCCGUCCUGCGCGUGGGCUGAGCUCGGGCCGUUUGUGU